GUAUAUAUAUUUUUUUUCGAAGUUAUUCCAAAAUAGAGUUAAAGUUUUAUUUCAAUUUAUUUUUAGUGAACCUGGAAUAGUAAAAAAAUAUUUAUUUUUUAGUGAACUUGGAUGAUAGACAACCUUGAAGAUAUCUCCUUCUUCAUAUUUUCCAAAUCAAGUCAAUUACAAAAUUCCAUAUUUUCCGGCGGCCGAGAUUUCGAUCGGAAUAAUUUAAAAAAUGGGUUCCGAGCAAAACGAGAGUACAAGCUUCUCCCAGUCUGAGCCAAAGCUCUGCCUCAAUGGCUGCGGAUUCUUCGGAACAGCUGCUAGCAUGAACCUCUGCUCCAAAUGCUAUCACGACCUCAGAGUCACCCAAGAAGCCUCCUUCGAACCCGAAACCUCCCUUGAAUCUGCUCUUGCGUCGUCAUCAUCAUCAAAGAGCAGUGAAACGGCUCCGCAGACUAGUGCCAAGACGAGGAGGUGCUUGAGCUGUAACAAGAAAGUGGGCUUGAUGGGGUUUAAGUGCAAGUGUGGGAGUACAUUCUGCGGAGACCAUAGAUAUCCCGAGAAUUACGAAUGCGAGUUCGAUUUCAGAGGACAAGGAAGAGAUGCGAUUACCAAAGCUAAUCCCUUGGUGAAUGGUGAAAAGGUCAAGAGAUUCUAAGUAAAAGAGUAAUCUGAAUGGUUAUACGGUUUGAUUGCUCUAGGGAUAUGUUAGAUCGGUUUGUGUCGUUGCUAUUGAUUUGGUUUUGGUGGAGGUUGUUCUUUAAUAAAAGAACUGUUCAUAGAAAUGUGUGUGUGAGUUCUGUGUACUGGCCUCAUUGUGGAUUAGGUCGGUUGUUUUUUUAGACAAUCCCCGAUGUAUUUUGAUAUUCUUACGUCUGAGUUAUAUGAAAUCUAUAACAAAAGUGAAA